AUGCCAGGUGGUGAUGUCUCUGAGAGCAUGAGCGACGGCGGGGUUGACGUGGUCAACCUGGACGAGAGUGAAGAGAGCGGUGACGACUUUGACGACCCAGACGACGGAAUUAGCGUUGAUCACGAGCCGAUUUCAAGAACAAACAUUUCAAAAUCCAUGAAAGAAAAGCUUGACCAAGAUGAUGCCGAGAUUGCAGCAUUUGAGCGAAUGCUAGGCAUCAAGAAGGGGCGCAAGUCUCUGCCACAGUCUUUCGCGGAGGACGGACUGGGGGAUUUGCUAGGGGACGUCAAGGCAGUAGAUCCCGAGUCUGAUGGCGACAUCGACGAGCAGAAGAGAAAGCGCGAUUACGACGACUGGCUCUCCUCGAAAAGAAGAAAAACGGCAACCGGUACGGCCCCAAGAAUAAAGCCUGCAAAACAGCAUGAUGAACAUGGCGACAGCGAUCAGAACGAUGAUUCGGAGGAUGAUUCUGACUUGCUCAUGCCAGAUGGUGACAUAAUAGGAGUGGACGAAGAGGAGAUGAUUCCUGAUGACGACUCAUUUGCAGGGUUCGACUCCGAUGGUUCUGCUGGAGUGGAAAAGGCCCCGGAUGCACGCAAGAGAGAGAAUCCAUAUGUCGCACCGACUACCGGAAACGUUGUCGCAAAAUACGUGCCCCCAUCCCUCCGCAAGGCCACCAACACGGAAUCUGAGCAAAGGGCCAGGCUACAGAAGAAUAUUCAGGGCCUAGUCAACCGGCUGACUGACGCCAACAUCCUCUCCAUUGUUCAAUCUAUCGAUGAAAUCUAUCAACAGAAUGCUCGAGGAGAAGUCACAGAAGUUAUUACCGAUACUAUCCUGGCGCAGAUUUACAAGCCCGAGCUUCUUCCGGACCAAUUUUUCGUACUGACUGGUGGAUUCACUGCUGCAAUGUACAAGAUCGUUGGCUCCAGUUUUGGCUCCCAUAUGAUCCGCCGUCUUGUUCAAGAUCUCGCGCGGGACUACAGUCAGGCAAUUGGUGGUGAUGCCAAUACAAGACGGGAAGCCUCCAAUUUGGUCAAUUUCUUGACCCAGCUCUACGUCUUUGAGGUUGUCAGCUGCCGAAUCAUUUUCGACUACAUGGAGAAAUUUCUGGGCGAGCUCUCCGAGCUCAACGUUGAGCUUCUGUUACGUGUUUGCCGCAUGGCAGGUCGCAUGCUGCGAAGGGACGAUGCGCAAUCUCUAAAGCACAUCGCCAGUGUGCUAAACACCAACAUGUCAAAGGGCGGAUAUGAGAAUAUGUCUGUGAGAACCAAGUUCAUGGUGGAAAUAAUAAACGACCUGAAGAACAACAAGUCCAAGGCGAAAGGUCUCGACUCUGCUAUUGUCUCGGAGCACGUUGUGCGCAUGAAGAAACGCAUUGGCGAACUGAAGUCACAAUCUCGCAGACUUGAUGGAUUAGCUCCCAUGGGCAUGAGCUUGCAUGAUAUCGAAGGCGCCGAUACAGAUGGAAAAUGGUGGCUCGUUGGAGCCAGUGUGCCUGUCAAAACAAAGCGCUCGACUAUCAAAGAGGUUGAUCAGGAGUCAGAGGAUUCCAUGACAGACGAUGAAGACAUGGACUUUGUGCUCCCGGAUUAUCCACAAAAGGCUCGUUCACAGGGACUCAGCAGCAUGGCUCAGAUAGCCAUCUUCACGGCUCUCAUGUCUGCAACCAGCUCUGAGCAUGGGUACAGGCAGUUUGUUAAUCUCAAGCUAAAAAGGGACGACCAGCUUGAGAUUGCUCGUGUCCUGGUCCAAUGCGUUGGCAGCGAAACGGAAUAUAACGAUUUCUACGCAUUAGUCGCAAACCAAGCUUGUUCUAACAAUAAAGUUCGAUUUGCUUUCCAGGAUAGGCUCUGGAAAAUCUUCCGCGGCCUCGGCGAAUCCAUGUUUGGAGAUGAUGCCGACGACGAUGACACGGCAGAUAGCGAGCGAAUGAAGGAUCCGCGCCGACUAGCGAACGUAGCCAGAUUCUACGCGUCUCUAGUUGCCGACGGCUCUCUGGGCAUUGCGAUCCUCAAACCUCUGGACCUGCCCGAAGUCAGUAGCUGGACGGCCGACUUUGUCGAGCGUUUUCUGGUGCAGCUGCUCACGUACUGCAAAGGAAAAAGCGGCGAUGAGGAUGUCAAAGUAGACAAGAUCUUUGGCGCGGCGAGGCAAUUGCCAGGCGUAGCUGCGGGACUGCAUUGGUUCUUGCGUAAAAGGGUCCGCAAAUCGAAACUGAUAAAGGAGGCCAAGAAAAUGGAACGCGUCAGGCAAAAGGCCCAGACUGCGGUUCAGGCGGUCGAGGUGGCGUAG